AUGGAGGAUUUCCGACGGGCGUUGUCAUGGCUGUUUUGGUGGUUUUGUUUCUCUCUUAGCACUGUCGUUGCCAUUCUGUACCUGGUCACAGAGGAAGUACCGCAGCAGCUCAUCCCAAGUAGUGCUAAACUGAUGAAGAGACUAGUAAAUGAACUCCUUCCUGACCAGGUACUAACGGCUGGUCCCGUCGAUAUCGUGCAGCCGUCUGGCUUGUUGCAUCAUGUCAUGUACAGUACAGUACAUAGAUUUAUAUCAGAUAGCAGACAUGAUGCCACCGAUGACGCAGGGCUCGCGGACCGUCGCCCAGCCAAAGCCGCUGAGGGGCUGGUGAUGGUUCGAAACUGA